UAGAAACUCAGAGAAGGCUGGAUGUUUCCGGUGCAGGAAUUGUGUGGAUUUCUCUUUGCAGGGGUGUGUUAACACCUACUUAUUUCCCCAGAUGAGCUGACUGAAAUGAGACUGUGAAUAGACUUGAGUAGACAUGUCCCAUUUGGCCCAAGAAAGAUGCUGGCACGCUGUAUCAAAGAGCCUGGAAAGGAAUAUGUCAGCCUUUCCUACCUCCGGGAUGAGGAGAAACACAGACCACGAUGACGGAGACCCACCAGAUGUGCGCAGGAAGUGGCCAUCCAGUGCUGGAGAGGACCGGGCCAUGCUGCUGGGGUUUGCAAUGAUGGGUUUCUCUGUCCUAAUGUUCUUCGUGCUUGGAGUAACCAUCCUGAAGCCCUUCUUGCUCAGUGCUGGGAGGCAGCUGGGUGUGGAGGAAGGGGUGGGAAGAAAAUCAUUUAUUUACUUUUCCAAAUGGAAGCACUCAGAAGAAUCGAACUGCACUAUCAUCCUUGAGCACAUCAUGGACGACUGGAUGGACUGUGCAUUUACCUGUGGGAUGGACUGCCGAGGUCAGGGCAAGUACCCGUGUCUCCAGGUGUUUGUGAACCUCACCCAUUCAGGUCAGAAAGUGCUCCUACAUUAUAAUGAAGAGGCUGUCCAGAUAAAUUCCAAGUGCUUCUACACACCUAAGUGCCACCGGGAUAGAAAUGAUUUGCUCAGUGGUGCUCUGGACAUAAAGGAAUUCUUCGAUCACAAAAAUGGGACCCCGUUUUCAUGCUUCUACAGUCCAGACAGCCAAUCCGAAGAUGUCAUUCUCAUAAAAAAGUACAACCGGACGGUGAUCUUCCACUGUUUAUUUUGGCCUUCGCUGACCCUGCUGGGUGGUGUCCUGAUAGUUGGCAUGGUGAGAUUAACACAGUACCUGUCCUUCUUGUGGAAACACAGCUCUGCAUUCAGAGAUGAGGUAAGUGGCAAAGUUCCUUACACUGCACAGCAUCAAUGCAGACUGUGGCAUGUGGGAAGGAGCAAAGGAAGGAGCAGAGAAACCUUAAGACGAUGGCCAAGUUCAAGUCCUGGCCCUCAGGUACCUGCGGGGUCUGCACUUGAGGACCCGAUUAUGCCUCCUCGCAAACUAACCGUGUAGAAACAAAGCUUGGUUACUUCAUGUGGGAAAGAAAAGUGUUAAAAAGUCUCAUUGUGUACUCUAUUCUAUAAAUAAAUAUAAAUUCACCAUCUU